AUGGAUCACCACAGACCCCACAGACCUCCCUCGGACUCAUAUCCUGGAGCACUGCUUGAAGACAGGGAUUCGCGGAGCUCUAAAAACGUCAUGCAAACAGAGUCAAAGGAGCCAUAUUGGGCCGCGGGAAACUGUCAAGUCACCGAGGACGUAGAGACUGAGACAAACUGCCUUGUCGAUACCAAAGACUGGUCAGAUUGUGGAGAAGACUUACUCGCCUGCCUCACGGACUAUGAUGUGAUAUCAGUACAGUGCUUCUCCAUUCCUCCAAGAGAAACUCUUGAAGAUAUUGAAAAUUAUCUGCUCAAGUCCCAAAAUGACACAGAAAUCCCUUAUCCAUCCUCAAAUUCCACAACUCCCGCUCCCUCCACACUCAAAGUGACUGCCUAUAUCCAUUAUCCUCCAACUUAUAUUCCCCCUAUACCCCUUCCUCUUACUCCCUCCCAACACAGCCCAUCCCCCACAGCUCCAAUUACUGCCGAUAUCAAUCCUCCUCCUACUCAUAUUCCCCCUACACCCCUUCCUCCUGCUGCCUCCCAAUACAGUCCAUCCCCGCUGUUUGUUUACUUUGGUUCUGAAUUACCCUCUGUGUCCAAAGGAAAUGUUUAG